AUGGGCGGUACACCUCGACCUCCUGCUGCUCAGGUGCAGACUGAAGAACGUCACCACUCACGACCAGACAUCGUUGGCCCAGACUCCCCAGAAGCUCCCUAUCCAAUCCGACUCGCUGGUGCAAUUCAGAAGGGUUUUGGAAGGGGCGGAAAGGAUCUAGGAUGUCCAACAGCCAACUUACCUGAUAAAUCCAUUACAGCUCUGAGUUCGGCGGUAAAGACCGGUGUUUACUACGGCUAUGCACAAGUAAUCCCCCCAGAGGCGCAAGACUUCCCUCAGGAAGAUAGGCAAGUGUUGCCGAUGGUGAUGAGUCUCGGAUGGAAUCCUUUUUACAAGAAUAAAUGUCUGACAGCAGAGGUGCACGUCAUGCAUGAAUUCAAGAAUGAUUUCUAUGGUAUCGAGGUCAAGGUCGUCGUGCUAGGAUAUAUUCGCCCUGAGCUAGACUUCAUAUCACGAGAGGCGCUAAUAGAAGAUAUUGAGAUGGACAAGCGGGUUGCAUUGAAAUCCCUCGACCGACCUGAAUACAGGAAAUAUCUUGACGACCCUCAUUUCGUCUCCGAGUAG